AAUAGGAAUGCCACAUAAUCGCUCGCCUCUCAUCUUAUCCUCAGCUCACCUCACCCUCUUCUGCCCCAAAUUUCAUUCUUAAUUUCCCAAUCCCAACAUUUCAAGCACACUUCCAGUUCCUGAGUCAACAUCACAAAAUUUACAUAUCUGUCAAUGGAUGAUUCUCUUCAUCAUCAACAAGCUUCAGCUUUAGUUUCAGCGCAGAACGAGUCAUGCUAUGACAGAGCAACAGCGAUCAAGACCUUCGACGACUCAAAAGCCGGCGUCAAGGGGCUGGUCGACGCCGGCAUUGAGAAAAUCCCAGAGUUCUUCGUUUCGCCGCCGGAGGAAGUAUCGGAUUCGGGGCCGACCCACCUCCAGAUUCCGUUGAUAGACCUAACCGGCGCUCGCGGAGACGCGUUUCGACGGAAGACAAUCGUGGACGAGGUCCGGCGGGCGUCGGAGACGUGGGGGUUUUUCCAGGUACUGAAUCACGGGAUGGGGAAGGAGGUGUUGCCAGAGAUGAUUGAAGGAGUGCGCAGAUUUAACGAGCAGCCAACGGAGGUGAAGAUGAGAUAUUACACGCGGGAUGUGAAGAAAGUGAGAUUUAACAGUAAUUUUGAUCUUUAUCAGUCCAAGGCUGCCAAUUGGAGAGACACUCUGCUCUGCAGCAUGGCUCCGGAUCCCCCUAGCUCUGAAGAGUUGCCGGAAACCUGCAGGGAGAUCAUAAUGGAGUACUCAAAGAAAGUUAGGGAGUUGGGACACACCCUAUGUGAGCUGCUAGCAGAGGCUCUUGGGCUCCAUCCAAAUCACCUGAUAGACAUGGAUUGUGCAGCGGGGCAUACCCUUUUUUGUCACUACUACCCCGCUUGCCCCGAGCCCGGCCGAACUUUAGGAACUAGCAGGCACUCUGAUCCCGAUUUCUUCACCAUCCUUCUGCAGGACCAAAUCGGUGGCCUCCAAAUAUUUCAUCAGAAUCAGUGGGUUCAUAUUUCUCCCUUGGCAGAAGCCUUGGUAGUUAAUCUUGGAGACCUAAUACAGCUGAUAUCUAAUGACAAGUUCAGAAGUGCUGAGCAUAGAGUUUUGGCUAAUCGAGUCGGCCCUCGAAUAUCGGUGGCCUGCUUCUUCUCGACUCACUAUCAGCCAUCGAACAGGCUCUACGGUCCGAUAGAGGAGCUGCUAUCUGAUGAUAAUCCUCCAUUGUAUAGAGAAACAUUGGUGAGUGACUAUGUUAGCUUUUACAACUCCAAAGGACUAGGCAGUGGUCGUGCACUGGACCAUUUUAGGUUAUGAAACUCAUGAAAGAGAAGAAAUAAUGUAUGUGGAUGGAUCUACCUAAAUUAGUGGACAGCAAAUUAGCCUACUACAGUCAAAUUAGAAACAAGUGAGUUGCAUCAUGAGUUGUGUUUUUAGACUUGUUUAAGGAUUUUUCUCUUGAUUCUUUUUUUUUUUUUCUGUGUAUAAGAAUUGAUAAACUGUUUUAGUGAGCAUGAGAGAUUGGAAAUUAGCGAGUUGAUUUGUUUGGUAGGCAGAAAAGGGUAUGGACAUUAAUAGAAAUAAAUAAAUGGUUGUUGUAAAA